AUGGCGGAAACAGACCACUGGUGCAGGCUUCCUGGAUACGAAGAUCUCGUCACACAGUGCAAAUACAUUAACGCUACUACAAAUUGUGACUUGUUUGCGAAAACCUUGGCACUUCCGAAUGAAACUGUUAGCAGUGCUUGUGGCACCAAGUGGAAAUUUAGCAGUUGUCUUAGAUAUGAUGUCAAUACUACUGACGUCAUUGACUUGAUGAACACACAUGAUAAUCAUACAUGGAAAACGAUGAAUUGCGGUGACAAGAUGGAAUACGAUACAAGCCAGUAUACAUCCACCGCUGUCCAAGAGUUUGGUUUUGUUUGCGACCGGUAUUAUCUGGGUCCUCUUUCAACAACAAUACUUUUAGUUGGUCCAUUCCUGGCUAAUAUAUUCAUGGGCCAGUUGGCAGACAGGAUUGGGCGUCGACCAACGUUGAUGAUUAACAUAACUAUAUUCGUGGUAUUUGGAGCUUUACAAUCUGUGAUACGAACCACUGUUGUGUUCUUUAUCUGUAAUUUCAUGGUAGGCAUAGCUAUGUUUGGUAUGUAUUCACAAGUUUUUGUAUUUGUUUCAGAAAUCGUUGGUCCUUCAAAACGAGGUUCUAUGACGAUGGCGUGUGUAGUAUUUUAUAGUCUGGGAUUCACUGUAUUACCUUUGAUAGCUUUCUUUAUUCGUGAUUGGUCAAUUCUUGUUCUCGUCAUCAGUGUUUCCGCUGCAGCUCUUCUUUCAUAUUGGUGGUUACUCUCUGAAUCUCCACGAUGGUUACUAUCAGUCGGCAAAGUUGAACAAGCUAAAAAGGUGCUACAAAAAAUGGCUAAAGUCAAUAAGGUCAUUCUACCAGAGAGUGUAUUUGAAGAUUUGAAUAAAGAGAAAUGUGUUUUGAAGAAUGUACAUAGCGAAGAUAAACACGAGUUUACCGGCAAAGUCACCACAGGAAUAGAGCAGGCAUAUUUGCUUUCGCGUACCAACCUCACGGACCCUAGACCAACGUGUCUAAGAGCCGGCUCUUCAUUGAGUUUGCUGUAUUACGGAUUAACUUUCAACGUUGGGAAUCUAGGCGGCAAUAAUUACACGAAUGCUCUGAUUGCUGGAGCUGUCGAGAUUGUAGCUUAUUCCUCGUCGAUGUAUUUGGUAGAAACACGCUGUGGUAGAAAACUGACCAUAUGUAUAUCUUCCAUGAUAGCAGCUAUUGCGACUGUAUCAAGUGCAUUUAUAUCUCAGUGUGGAGGUACAUUAUGGGUCAUGGUUGCUGUGUACAUGGUUGGAAAGUUUGCAGCCACAGUGGGCUAUGCAGUCAGUCAAUUAUAUGCAGGAGAGCUCUUCCCUACAACAUUAAGGUCGGUUGGAGUAAUGUCUACUUCAUCCUGUUCAAUUCUGGCUAGCUCGCUUGCUCCUCUUCUUCUGCCCCUUCGAAUGACCUGGAACCCAUUGCCACAGCUUGUGUUUGGAGGCCUAUCAAUCAUGUCGGCUUUUUUGGUAUUAACUUUACCUGAAACAAGACGCAGAAAACUUCCUGCGAACAUAAACGAGGCUGAGAUGUUCGAAAAAAAACUUCCUUCUUGUGAAACCAUGACCAAGGAACUCUAG